AUGGAAAGAAAAAAGGAACGUAGCGGAGCUUCAAAGCGAAAACAACCAGCCGAAAUAUCGGCCAAAAGUGACAAGAGUUUAUUUACUGAUAGCGUGGACAGGGCUGUGUCAGUGAAUGAAGUGACUCUAGAAGAUCAGGAAUAUCAGGAUUCAACAAUUCUCAUCAAUGCCACCGCUGAAAAUGACUAUGUCGACGCUUCCGUGCAACCAACAGUAGAGGAAUCAUCCAUUUCUACAUCUUCGGAAGUUCUUGAAAUUUCAACUGACUUGGGAAAGUUCAUAAACAAGAAAUUGAACGACACCGAAAAACGGCUGAUUCUUGACAAGGGACCAUUGAAAACUCCGGGACCUUUUCCGAAGGAUCCCCACCAAGACCACAGGAGCUUUUCAGAAACGUAUUACGUUUCUACGUCAAAAUAUGGUCCAGUUGAUCGUUUUUGGAUUUGCUACUCAAAAAUGCUGGAUGCUGCCUACUGCCAACCCUGCUGGUUGUUUGCUUCGCAAAAGAAUGUAUGGUGCACGGGCAUUCGCGACUGGAGGCAUUUAUCGGAUAGAGUUAAGCAACAUGGUUCCUCGAAAGCACACACGGAGGCGUGUGCUGUAUAUGAAGCGUGGCAAAAAAGUUCUACCAUUGACAAAGAACUUGAAGAUGAAAUUCGCAAAGAAGCAUCAUUUUGGAGACAAGUUCUUCGACAUGGAGAGGAUCUGAGUGAGGAAGGAAACCACGGAAAUUUUCUCUCAAUCGUACAACUCGUUGCUAGAUACGAUCACGUCUUGCGUCAAGUUUUGGAUAUGCCUAAAGGAUCAACAAGGUACCUGAGCGCAACGAUUCAAAAUGAAAUGAUCGAGUGUUUGGGCACCAAACUUGAACAUCAUCUAUUGGAUCAGAUCAGGGCAUCACCGUUUUUCACCAUCAUCAUGGAUACCACGCAGGACAUAUCAAAAGUGGAUCAGCUUAGCAUUGUCGAAAGAUAUGCAGUUAUAGUGUUUCUCGGUUUCCACGCAGUCACUAAACACAGCGCUGCGGAUUUGGUGAAUCAAGUAACCACGUUGUUCUCCGAAAAGAGUCUUGAUUUUAAAAAGUGUGUCGGGCAAGGCUAUGAUGGAGCCAGUGUAAUGAGUGGUGCGUAUAAUGGCGUACGAAAACAAAUUAAAGAUAUUCAACCAAACGCAGAGUACGUACAUUGCGCCAGUCAUAAUUUAAAUUUGGUAGUAAAUGAUGCUGUUCGAGGUUCUAUUGAAAUUCAGAAGUUCUUUGCAAUAAUACAAGACUUGUUCAACUUCUUUGGAAACAGCAUUAAGCGCUGGGACCUCUUAUCAAAAUUCACUGGCGAAUCAGAAAUCACUUUGAAAAAAAUUGAAUCCAACAAGAUGGUCGAGCAGGGUUAA